AUGGCAUCGGGCGACAAUCUCUACGAAUACUACACGCCCAACAAGAUUGUGGCUAUUGUUUUCGCGGCCUUUUUCCUUUCCACAUCGGUCAUACACACUUGGAAAAUCUUCACCACGCGACAAUGGUUUGGCAUUGCUAUCCUCCUUGGAGGACUUUUCGAGUUUAUGGUCCUGAUUCUCCUGGCGCCAAUUCUUUACGCUGCCGCCGUCUACAUGUUCUUUGGACGACUGGUUGUCGCGUCUGGACACCCUAAGCUCUCGCUGAUCCGUGUCAACUGGGAAACCAAGAUCUUUGUUAUUGGCGAUAUCCUCUGUUUUCUGGUCCAAGCUUUUGGAGCUGUCAGCCUUGCCAACCUAGUCAACUCUCACGAUAGUGACACCGCGCAUAAGGUCGAUGUCGCGAAAAACGUCAUCCUCGCUGGUCUUGCACUGCAGGUGAUCCUUUUCCUGGUCUUCCUCGUGUCAGCUGUGAUCUUCCAUAUCCGAGUCUCGAAGCAUCACAUUGCUAAAUCGGUGGAUCCAACCCUGCGCCUGCAAUUGAUGAUAUAUUCGAUCUAUAUGACCGGCGUUCUCAUCACGGGCCGAAACAUCUACCGUCUUAUUGAGUACAAGAGUGGGAAUGGCGGCUACCUCCAAGAGAACGAGUGGCCGCAAUAUGGCUUGGAUGUCGGUCUGAUGGCAAUUUACAUGGUCAUCACCUUCUUCUGGUACUUUGCGGAUACCAAGGCACGCGCAAACAACCCUGGAAAAUACGGUCGCGUUCCCGAAGACCAGGCGACCUGGUCGGGCAACGUCAACGACGACAGCUUCCCUCUCAACCACCCCAACGCUUACGAAUCUGGCUAUGCCAAUGGCCCCCAUCUCCCGCCUCCCCAGGUCACCGCAUACAACAAUACCGCAUAUAACCCUGCAUAUGACCAUAAUAACCCUGGAUAUAGCCAUGCCUGA